GGCCGUCCGCCCCAAAUCCAAACCGCAGACGGCAGAUCCUCACAAGAAGGAUGGAUAAGAUCGUCAUAUAUACCAAUGGAACCGCGGGUCCAUCCUGUAGACACUCGGCCGAUAAUAAGCAGUAUAGCUAAUUAGCUUAGAGCUUAACGCGCGGCUGCCAGGAAGAAUAGCGCGCGCGCGCUCGCGCGCGAGCGGCGUUUCUCGCUACUCCAAACCGCGUAAAGAGAAGAGUCUUCUUUCCUAUCCAAUCCUCUCUCUCUCCUAAUCCGUUCUAGAGAAUUCUGAUUCAACCCCCUUCAUCAUCUUUAAUGCCUGCGCUUUUUUGACUCUAUAAGUCUCAUCCCAGACUCCCACUCCACACCAUACACUCCUCUCUCCAGCCAGUAACUCGGUCGAUCUGCCCUCCGUCCGCCAAAGAUCAUGUCUCUUUUCAGGCUUUCGAACUGCUUUAACCAUACUCACAUGGCCAGGAGGAGGCUAGGACAGAAGAGACAUUCGAGGCGACGGACAAUAACGCACCUACUACAGGAAAAGGAGCGGAUGGAGAGGAAGAUAGAGAGGAUGCGAGCAAGAACAAAACGGCUUAAGAAAUCAGAGAAGAAAGCCGAAGUGAAGCUGGGACGAAUUCAAAAUCAAUUUGAAGAGGUCAGAAUAGCCAAUCGGCAAGCACAUCAGCGAGUAUACCAGGAGAAUGCUUUCACCGACAUCCUUGUCCUUAUUUAUCUUGCCAUUUUCGAAGCUGUAGAUGCAGGCGACUUCCUCACCGACGCCCAACUCGCUCAGACUCUCCGGUUGGUUUUCAUAAUACCGUUCUUGAAUAUCUUCGUCUUGGAGUUAAUCCGAUUUUUCUCAUAUUUUCCCCUUUUGGUUAUCUUGCAUGUAGUGAUAUGAUGCCGCAUGGGGAUGAAGAAAAUCAAGAUUCUGAUGAUGAGGAUUAUGAUGAUUAAUUUAUGAUAAUUAAAACACAAAGCAUCUUUUCCACUGUUUGUUUUGUUUGAUUGUAUGAUGAUGAUCAGAAUUUAUAUUUUUGUUAGAUAUUGGUCUGAGUACUGUUGUUUUUUAAGUUCGGAUUGCACUGAAUUAUUAUCGAACUCGUCUUUUCCUUAAUAAUUCUCUUAUUGUGUAAUCCAUUAUAACUUGAAUUCUAUAAUAUUUUUUUAAUAAUAGUUUUUUAAAUGGUUCAAUGACAAUCACCUAGCUGGUUUUGUAUUGGGUGAUCUUUUUCUUUUGGUAUCAGUUUUAAUGUAACUAGAUGCAUAAUUGGAAAGAUGCUUUGGUUUGAAUAGCAUGGAGCCAUUGCUCUUAUAGGUUGUUCCUCGUCAUUCACCUCACAUGUGUUCGAUAUUGGAUCGGUCCUGUAAUCCAAUCCAUUGGCUUUGUAUCCCCCUCUUUUUUAACUAUUAAUGAUAUAUAUCCAUGAUCCAUAAAGAAUAUUUGCUUUU